AUGGCGGCCGCAGUGGCGGAGUUGACUCGCCAAAACCAAGAAUUAAGAAUGGAGAUUAAUCUAAGGAGGCAGACGCGUGAAGAACGUGAGGGUGGAGGACAAAUGCAGAGUCGUGAUGACAGAGAGAACACUGAGAUUGGAAGUCAGUUAAGAGGUACCACUUCACGAGCGGUGCCACAUUUGAAGGAAGAGAUGGACCGAAUGAGAAGAGUCAUGGAGGAAAUGAAAGAAAAUAUGAGAAGGAAAAAUCCUAUAGAAGACCUGGUCCACCAAACUGAUUCCCCCUUUACGGCUUCCAUCAACGGUCACCCUCUACCAUCGAAGUUUAAGAUGCCUUCUCUGGAUUCGUACGACGAAACACGAGACCCGUUCGAUCACAUUGCUACCUUCAAGACCACCAUGCAUCUCCAAGGGGUUCCAGACGAAAUAAUGUGCAGAGCGUUCCCUACUACCCUCAAGGGCCCAGCACGAGUUUGGUUCAGCAAAAUACCCCCGAAUUCGGUGAGUUCUUUUCAAGAGUUGAGCAAAUUGUUUGUUAACAACUUCAUAGGAGGACAAAGACAUAAGCGUUCCUCGUCCAGCCUAUUGACCAUAAAGCAGGAAGAGAACGAGAGUUUACGGUCAUUCAUCACCCGUUUCAACAGAGAGGCCCUGAGUGUGGACGAAGCAGAUGACAAGCUCUUACUAGCGGCUUUCCAUAAUGGGGUGAAUUCGGAUCUGUUCAUUCACAAACUCUAUGAAAAAGAGCCUCAGUCUAUGGCAGAACUUGUCCAUUCGGCACAAAAUUUUAUGAAUGCAGAAGACGCAAUCAUUGCUAAGAAGAGGAAGAGGUCUGAGAGAGUAGACACAAAUCCCAGUCGCCACUUAGAGUAG